AUGGAUAUCGUCGAUUUUCUAAUGCAACGAACGCUGGCGGAGAUUGAUUUGGAACUGAAUGAGAUGAGCGAUUGUCUUAUUACCCUCCGUCGCGGUCACAUAUUCACUGUGGAGACCUUGGAUGGACACUGUCAUAUGUCUGAUUAUUACGAAGUGGACCCAUACCAAUCUUACCUCGCGAUGAAAUCGCCCCCCGUUGAUUUCCAACUUCCCCCCACUUGCCCUACCUGCCGAAGCCCUAUCACCGCUCGCCGGUACGGACGCGUCGUAAAAAGGGCGAACCUCGACAUAUUGGAACAGAAUGUAGCGAGUAACAUGGCGAAACGCCUCGAGGACCUCGGGCCCGCCCUUCGGACAAUCGCGGAUGAACUUCCUGGACUCAAAGAAAAGGCCAAAAAGCUAAAGUAUGAGGAAGCACCACUCCUUAUCGACAACCUUUCAACGGAUUUGCGUACAAAUUUACUUGGGGAGAAGGCCAAGGAGAUCAUGCCGCAUGCAAUCCUUACUCGGAACGGCAUGACGAAGUAUCACGGCCUCUCGAAUGCAGAGGGGAAAGAAUGGUUCAUUUUGAUACAUGGACUAUUCAACCUCUACAAACAAAUGGAGUUCAUAGCAAGAACACGAUCAUCUCAUGAACUGACUCGCCUGGGCGACGGCAGCGUGGUCGGAAAUAUGAAUGCACCAAAGCAACAAGCUAUGGACAAUGUCCACAAAAACAUUGGCCAACCUCCUCACAAGGCGGAUGUUCGCUAUCAUGUCGAAGCGUUCCUUCUGUCCGUCGAGCUUCGUUUCAUGUUGGGGGAGAUUGCGGGAAGCCGUGUCGAAGGAUUAACUAUCACCUCAAACGAUGACAAGGUUAUCAAUCAUCACCGCCUUUGGGCGUCGUUCGUUGAGUUCCUAUAUCACUCUUGCGAAGUGGAUUGCCAAAAAGCGACAACAAUCGCCGAGUCUUCUUCGUCAUCUCGUUUGGCUGCGCGCUCUACAAUACAGGGGCUUUGCGCCAGUUUUGAGCGCUUCCGAUUUUCUCUUCUUCAGAAACGUAAGGAACAUAUUCGAGCGGGCGCAUUCAAUCUUUCUCUUCGCGACGAGCUGCUGCAAGGAAUUCAUGAUCGAGUCGAAGCGUGGAAUGUCCACUUAGAGAAAGUGGAAGAUGCGUAUCUGCGUAGCAGGCCGUCAAAGACGAUGCGAGAACUCCUCGAGGAGCGGCAAUGGUUCAAGGAUAAUUGUCGAGUGAAGGUGGAACGUGUUUUCCGCGAAGUCCAGGAGCUCGAGAAACAUGUAUCACAGGAUACAAUUUAUCAGCCUGUGUCCCUUCAGGAAAAAGCGGACAUCGUGAAAGCGUUUAACUUUUCACAUAGGGGUCAUUUCUACAAUUGUCCGAAUGGACAUACGUUUGUCAUUGCCGAUUGUGGAGGUGCAAUGGACGCGAGCAACUGCCCUGAAUGUGGUGCGGUCAUUGGAGGAAGCAACCAUACUCUUGUAUCAUCAAAUACUCGCGCCCUUGAGUUUGAAGAAAUAGCUAGAGGACAAGGUGCUGAGGCGAGCCCCUGGGCCUGGGCUGCCGCUGCUUAA